AUGGAAAGCACCAAUCACAGCAUAGUGAAGUCUUUUGUCAUCCUGGGCUUCCCUGGCAUGCCACAGUUCCAGACUUUAUUUUUUGCAUUGAUCCUGGCUACCUACCUCCUGACAGUGGUUGCCAACCUGGUCAUCAUCUCAGUGGUCAAGACCUCCCAUCACCUGCACCGACCCAUGUACUACUUCCUGGGCAGCUUUUCCUUUCUGGAGAUAUGGUACACCUCCUCCACCGUGCCCAAAAUGCUGGAAAACUUCUUGUGUGGCAGAAGCACUAUCACUGUGGCUGGCUGUGUGGCCCAGCUAUAUCUUUUCUUUGCCCUGGGCUCCACCGAGUGUUUCUUGCUGACCACCAUGGCCUACGACCGUUAUCUAGCCAUCUGCCAUCCUCUGCGCUACCCAGCCCUCAUGAAUGUGCGGGUCUGCACUCAGCUGUUGGGGGCAGCCUGGGUGGGUGGCUUCCUUGCCCCCUUGCUUCCCAUCUUGCUCAUUGCCCAGCUCUCAUUCUGUGGCCCCAAGAUUCAUCAUUUCUUCUGUGAUGCAGGCCCCUUGUUACGGGUGUCUUGUAGUGAUACUUCCCUCAGUGCCACCCUCAUCUCAGUGUUGGCUUCAUUUGUCAUCCUCAGCACAUGCCUCCUCACCAUGGUCUCCUAUGCCCACAUCAUUACUACUAUCCUGAGCAUCCCCUCUGUAACAGGGCGCCGCAAGGCCUUUUCCACCUGCACCUCUCACCUUAUCGUAGUGGUGGUUUACUAUGGGACAGGUAUCAUCAUGUAUGUCCGGCCCAUGUCCUCCUUCACCACAAAGCUGGAAAAAGUGGUGUCAGUCUUCUGUGCUGUGGUCACUCCACUCCUCAACCCCCUGAUCUACAGCCUAAGGAACAAGGAGGUGAAGGAGGCACUAAGACAGACAGUGAGUAACAGCAAAGUCUUUCUAAAGAGCAUAACCACUUUUGUCAUGGUUUGUUGGUAG